UUGACAUUUCAUUGCUGGUAUAACUGUGAAGUCCAUCCACGUAUUUCAGAGGUGGUUCAAAGGAAAUCUGAACGUUUGCACAUACCACGUGCUAUACCUGAUACACCGGAAGAGAAACUACGAGCAUCUGUGGAGGACUGCAAAGUCGAAGUUGUGAAAGCUACACCAAUGGCGAAAGUUUGUAGUAAUCCAACACGACACAAAUCUAAGAUGUCGGAAUUGGUUCGAAUAAGCGAAGAGCGGGCUAGGAUACCGAGAGCGGCCGCCCUAGCAUCCGCUAAAGCAAGUAAAGCUAUAAUUCAGGCAUGUCAAGGUUUUGCGAUAUCUCGCGAAUCUCUUCUCGGUCUACACACUCCCUCACCUCGUCCUCAGAGAGCAAAGUCGAACCUGUUGAAUAAAUUCACCAAGUCAAUUAGUCAUGAAACUCCCAAAACAGAUGACGAUGAUGAGAAGCCAACAACAAGAGUUUUGCGAAGUGCAAGCUUGACCGGGAGUACACCCGUCAAACGCUCGGCUGAAGCCCAACUAGCAGUAUUUGAACCACCGGAAAAGAAAUCUCGGCCGUCCUGCUCUGCUUCGACGUCCACUGCAGUCGUUGGAAUAGAUGAGGUAGUGGGACCAGAACAACUGGCAAGAUUUCAGCAGCGCGUCGACGAGAUCAACAAAAUGAUUGACUUGGAUGACAACCAGGUCUACCAUGAAGAUGUUGUGAGAAGAAGUAAUUUGUUUGACGAAGAAUCAGUACCAUAUCAACCGCCAGGUCAGAAUCUUCAACAGAACCGUACGAGAAGAGUAGUGACGGCAUCGUCUGCUGCGCAUCUUGCCCACACUUUAUUGAAUGUUGACAAUGUGACUCCGCUGGAGGUUUGGAAGCUACCUAGGAAUUUGUCAUCGCCGGAGAAGAUGCCUCGAAUGAUACGAAUGGGUGUGAGCGCAAUAAAACUGAAGAAAAUCCAAAGAAUGCGAGAGCAGUGCUGUGUGUCAUCUCCUACCGAAAGCCAGAAGACAGAUCGUCUAACAGAAGUGGUGUGA